AUGGGCCGGCAAGCCUACCUGGACAAGAUCGCUUUCGGACGGUCUGCCUUUGAGCCCACCCAAUCCGCCUCGCAGUCGACCGAAUACGUCCAGCUCGAAUCGUCGCAGUCCGAGAUUCCACGGCGUUACCACGAGGCCACGGCCAACAACUACGUCCAGCUCUACGACGAGCGCGGCAACCCCAUCAACCCCCGCUCCCACCAGUAUGGCAAGAAACUCAGAGGCGCCCAAAACGAUGUGCUCGCGUCUGUCGGCGUCGUCGAGCGCAGACACUCUCCCGCCGACGCCUUUCCAGGGUCCAGCGUAGAGCGUCUCGAGCUGCUCGAAGCCGAGGAUACGGUUGGAAACGCCAUUGCGCUGGCGACUACCCUUACCGAGAACCUUUGCACAUGGUGGAUAGGCUCAAUCAGGGAGAGGAUCCUGACAUUUCGCUAUCCCCAUGCCCUUGCCUUCAGCCACAUCGCAGCCUCGGAGCGUGCCCUCUCUGGCACUUCCAUUGUCUAUGCUGGCUUCUUCUCUCGCGUCUUUGCGACCAUGAACAUCCAAGCCAUCGUGUACAGCACUUUUGUCUAUCAGCCCGUCGAACGUGUGCUGUAUGCGACACGUGCCAGCCCAAAGACCCGCCACUUCUUCCGACGAGCCAAGAAAGCCAUCAAGUCUAGUCUUCGUCUGGGCCUCGAGGUUCUGUGCUACCCCUUCUUUUACCACGCUGCUUUGCAGCGCCUUGGCCUGGUGCCCGCUCGCCCACUAUUGCCAAACUGGACAUGUCUCAUUCCCUUUUCAAGCUCAUCGCCUCUGCUACCAUUUUCUGUGCGAUACAAUGCGUCCAGUUCCAUCACGGACUGUAUUGGAGCAGUGCUGACUUCACCCCUUGUCCUUUUAUGUGCUGAACAUGCCAUUGAACGCUGGAUUUAUGCCUGUGUCUACGAAGCAGUCGAGACAGCCGUCGUCCGCCCUGACAAGCCCGACAUACCCAGCCGAGACGCCAACGGAAAAGACCGUGCUUUGACUGUGCUCGGGUUGCGGCGGGAGUCACCAACCCUUAUUCGCAAUGCCAUUCACAGGCUACUUGCAAUGCUCGGCUGGGCUCUUCCAAGUUCCUCUCCAAACACACAACAGAAGCGGACCAUCGAGCUUGCAACCACGGCUGCUUCAAACAAUGGCCAGACAAUAGAAGUCGGUGGUACUCAAGUGAUCAACGCUACCCCGCUGCAUCUUCCCGUGCUCCAGUCCCAAGAUCAGCCUGUCACAGAGCCGCUCGACGCAGAUGUAAUCACAAUUCCAAUAGAUGCGUUCCAAGAUUUGAUACGAUCCACAACUCCACCGGGAUCACCAACAGAAUCCGAGCAAAACGAGAACGAUCCUCGAAUACGCAUUACUUCAAGGGAAGGUAUCGUAGAGAUGGAAGUCCGCCUACCACCUAGGAUACUUUCCACUCAUACUCGUGUUGCAGAAGCCUCGGGUUCCUCGCGAGAUGAUGCAGCUGUGGAGCCGCGGGACCGAGCACGCUCAAUAGACGGCCAUGUAUACCACCGCGUAUCCCAACUCUCGUGUGAGCCUGCGCAGAUGAUCAGUGCAAUGGUGAGAGCUCAGCUUGUCGGUCUUGCCAUGCUUCCGUUUAGGAUGGUUACUUUGCGAAUGAUUGCUUCACACCAUCUAGUCAGCCAAGGCGAAUACGCGGGGUCGCAUCGCAUUGUGAAUCCACUAGAGCUCCAUGGCGAUAUGAGCUGGCGGAACAUUGGCACCCAGCUCUCACGCGUAGCGCUCUGCGGGGCACUGGAGUUGGCUAUCGAUCUCAGUUUGUGGGGAAUGCAAUAUCAGGCCAUUACAAAGUUUGGACAGAGUGUCUUCGGAUGGGGUACGCUAUAG